CGUGCAAGACGGGGCGAAAAUGGCGGAGUAUCUGGCGUCCAUUUUCGGCACAGAGAAAGACAAGGUUAACUGUUCCUUCUAUUUCAAAAUUGGAGCCUGCAGACAUGGAGACCGCUGCUCAAGAUUGCACAACAAACCAACCUUCAGCCAGACUAUCUUGAUUCAGAACAUCUACCGUAAUCCCCAGAACAGCGCUCAGACGGCAGACGCCUCUCGCUGUGCUGUCAGUGAUGUGGAAAUGCAGGAACAUUACGAUGAGUUCUUCGAGGAGGUGUUCACAGAGAUGGAGGAAAAGUACGGAGAGGUGGAAGAGAUGAACGUGUGCGAUAACUUGGGCGACCAUCUUGUCGGCAAUGUCUAUGUAAAGUUUCGCCGUGAGGAGGACGCAGAGAAAGCAGUAAUGGACCUGAACAACCGCUGGUUCAACGGCCAACCCAUCAACGCAGAACUCUCACCUGUCACCGACUUCAGAGAGGCCUGCUGCCGCCAGUAUGAAAUGGGGGAGUGCACCCGAGGCGGCUUCUGCAACUUCAUGCAUCUGAAACCCAUAUCAAGGGAGCUUCGACGGGAACUUUAYGGCCGCCGCAAGAAAAAGCACCGCUCCCGCUCCCGAGAACGACGCUCCCGCUCCAAGGAUCGGCGACGUGAUCGCGAGAGGCGGAGGUCGAGGGAUCGAGAGCGCUCAGGACGAUUCUGAAGGAAGCCAAGACCGACCCACUGAUUCCCUCCUUCCCGUCUCCAGCAGUGAAMAGUUUAUUUUUGUUUUUCUUUUCUUUUUUUGUGAAUCAUUUGAACUAUACUUUUAUUUCUUUCUUUUUUUUWAAUAAGCUUGUCGCUUUCUCAAUAAAACAGAUUUGUAACUGCA